AUGAUGCAUCUCCACCUCCUCCCCAUCAUAUCGCCCUUCUGCCCACCACUCGUCGCCAUCAUCCUCCCAUCCCGCUCCACCCUCCACCUCCGCACCGCCUUCCACCUCACCCUCCUCCUCAUCCCCCUCGUCCUCCUCGUCCUCCUUCUCGUCCCCCUCCUCCUCCUCGUCCUCCUCCUCCUCCUCCUCCUCCUCCUCGUCCUCCUCCUCCUCGUCCUCCUCCUCCUCCUCCUCCUCCUCCUCACCCUCCUCCUCUGGAGAGGAGGCAUCAUCGUUGUCCUUGUUCGCAGGGGCAGCAGGGUCGGGGUAGAAAGGAUUGGGGAUGAGCUCUUCUAG